AUGCAGUACGUCAGAAACUUGAGCGAUUCGGUCUCGACAGCAUGGAACUCGAUCAACCCGGCCACCCUCAGCGGGGCCAUUGACGUGAUCGUCGUUGAACAGGAGGACGGGAGUCUUGCGUGCUCUCCGUUCCAUGUGCGCUUCGGCAAGUUCUCGCUCCUUCGUCCGUUCGAGAAGAAGGUCGAGUUCAAGGUCAAUGGCGUCAAGCAACCCUACGCUAUGAAGCUCGGAGAGGGUGGAGAAGCCUUCUUCGUCUUCGAAACCAGCGAUACCAUCCCAAAGAGCCUGCAGACUUCGCCGCUAGUGUCACCCGCUUCGAGCCCCCCACUGGACCCGAUGCGGUCCGGUCAGCCACCGCUGCAGGAGCCCGAGUCGCUUGACCUCAACGACGCUGUCGGAAAGGCCCGGUCAUCGAGUAUCGCUCGGCCUCCUCCUACGGUCCUUCAUCCUAUUGGGAGAGAUGGGCUGCUCACGCCGAGGUCAACGUCUCCUGAGCUUUCUAGAGGCGUUCCACCCUCUCCUGACGGCCCGCCCCAGCGUCCUCAUAGCGAUGAUUUCCUGCGGCGAGCAGGACGCAAGCAGCCCAGCGAGAACGGAUCCAUCGAGGGCGACAGUCCAACAUACUCGGAACGGUCCCACAGCCCGCCACCGCUUGCGCCAGGUGAGGCUAUGCAAAGGGCUAUCAAACUGUCGAGAGAACUGGCCGCAGUCAACAUACCGAGCCAUGUUACCGAAACGGGGGACUUGAUGCUGGAUAUGGCGGGGUUCAAGAACAACGACGAGGACGCUAUCAGGGCAGAGAUCCUUGCUCGCAAAGUGCUCACCGAAGAACUCGACGGCAACUACGACAUUGGGGCUCUCAUUGGCGUUGACGAGCGAGGAAACCUUUGGAUCUAUAGCAGCGAGGAGGCAAAAGCUGCGGCCAUGAAAAAGGCAAUGGAAUCGACGCUACGGAGCCCGCCUGGUUUGGCCUCGGAUGCUGUUUCAGAUCCUGGCUAUCAGAGCGACAGCAGCGACGCCACGGCUUCACCGAGUGCCUCGAGUCACAGGAGGACCGAGUCAGACCUUGGGCAAACGACUCUGCAGACCCCUCCGAGCUCCCCGGGCACCUCGGCAGCCGGCGACCCUAACCGGAACUAUGCUAAGACGCUGCGGUUGACUAGCGACCAGCUGAAGGCUCUAAACCUGAAGCCAGGUGAGAACCACAUGAGCUUCACCGUUAACCGAGCCACCUGCCAGGCGUACAUGUACCUGUGGAAGCACGAGACGCCGGUGGUCAUCUCGGACAUUGAUGGGACAAUAACCAAAUCCGACGCGCUCGGCCACGUGUUGAACAUGAUUGGGCGGGACUGGACGCAUGCAGGAGUGGCAAAGCUGUACAGCGACAUCGUCGCAAACGGGUACAACAUCAUGUACCUGACCAGUCGGUCCGUGGGCCAGGCUGACAGCACGAGGACGUACCUCGCAGGGAUAGUACAGGACGGAUACCGCCUCCCGCGGGGCCCGACGAUCCUGUCGCCGGACCGGACCAUGGCCGCGCUGCGCCGAGAGAUCUACCUGCGCAAGCCCCACAUCUUCAAGAUGUCGACUCUCCGCGACAUCCGCAGCCUGUACGGGCCAGACCGGUCCCCAUUUUACGCCGGUUUUGGCAACCGCUUCACGGACCAAAUCUCGUACCGGUGCGUGGACGUGCCGCGUACCCGCAUUUUCACCAUCAAUUCCAACGCCGAGGUAUCGCUGGAUCUGUUGAGUCUUAACCGGAUGAAGCUCAGCUACGUCAACAUGAGCGAGGUCGUCGACCACUACUUUCCGCCUGUCGGCACCCUCGUCAAGGGCGGCGGCGAGGACUACACGGACUUCAAGUACUGGCGCGACACGCCGUUGGAACUCGACGAGUUCUCGGCAAGCGAUACCGAGCGCGAGCAUGACGAGGGUCACGAGGUUGACGAUGAUCGCGACAGCCAGUACGCCGAGGACGAUGACGAAGAUGCCGGCGACGGGCUCGCAGACAGCUACUUCUCGCGCAACUCUGCAGACGACUACGGCGAGGGCAGCGCGCUGGAGGAGAGCUAUGAUGAAGAGCGAAUGAUGGGGUCCAUGAUGGAGGACGAGUAUGCCGAUGAUGAAGAGGGCGAGAUGGACGAAGCAGAUGAGGAUGAAGAAGACGAGGAGGAGGGGGAAGGGGAAGAGCCGACUCCAGACGGCAAGACUAAGCCAGCGUCUUCGGGGGAAACAGUUCGUGAUGUAAAUGCUGAGCUGAUUACAGGCGUGAAGAAUUUGCGGGUGGACAAGAAGUAG